CCGCCCGAAGAAGUUGUGCAACCAGUAAAACCACGGCGCAGCGAGAGUGGAGAAAUACGAAAACGUCACAUGAGAUUUCCCGGAACUCUCCCCGCUGUGUUUUUUCUUACUCAACGUUAAAUUUCUGCUCUUUUUAACGUCCUGCACCGACGAAGAGCUGCCCUGAAGCCGGAAACUUCAACCUGAUGUCGGAGCUGAGUUGGUGCUGAGUGUCAUUAUGAGAUGUUGUCUCCAAGCGCCUCCUUCGUGCAAGUCAACUUCAAUGACAUCCUCUUCUAUGAGAACUGUGGCGGCGGCAGCUUCGGAAGCGUCUACCGAGCCAGGUGGAUCUCGCGGGACAAAGAGGUAGCAGUGAAAAAACUGCUCAAGAUUGAAAACGAGGCUGAAAUCCUCAGUGUGCUCAGCCAUCGUAACAUCAUUCAGUUUUAUGGCGCCAUCCUUGAGGCUCCCAACUAUGGAAUUGUCACAGAGUAUGCCAGUGGUGGAUCGCUCUAUGAUUACCUGGCCAGUGAGGAGAGUGAGGAGAUGGACAUGGGGCAGAUCAUGACGUGGGCUGCAGAGAUUGCUAGAGGAAUGCAUUAUUUACACUCUGAGGCCCCUGUUAAAGUGAUCCACAGAGACUUAAAGUCCAGAAAUGUUGUUUUGGCAGCAGACAAGGUUUUAAAGAUCUGUGAUUUUGGAGCAUCCAAGUUCCUGACCCACACAACACACAUGUCCUUGGUGGGCACAUUCCCCUGGAUGGCUCCAGAGGUGAUCCAGAGUCUGCCUGUGUCUGAGACCUGUGACACUUUCUCGUAUGGUGUGGUGUUGUGGGAAAUGCUCACCCGUGAGAUACCCUUCAAAGGACUUGAAGGUUUACAGGUGGCUUGGCUCGUGGUGGAGAAAAAUGAGAGGUUAACCAUCCCGAGUGGCUGCCCCGCCAGCUUCGCCGAGCUCAUGAGGAGCUGCUGGGCAACAGAUCCAAAACAAAGGCCAAUGUUCAAGCAGAUCCUCUCCACUCUGGAGUCCAUGUCUCAUGACAGCCAACUUCCUCAACAGUGCAACUCUUUCCUUCACAACAAGGCUGAAUGGAGGAUUGAGAUUGAGGCCACACUGGAGAGGCUGAAGAAGCUGGAGAGAGACCUGAGCACCAAAGAGCAGGAGCUGAAGGAGCGAGAGCGCCGUCUGAAGAUGUGGGAACGCAAACUUAUUGAACAGUCCAACAGUCCACUCUUCUUAUCCGUGGCUAAAAAGCUAAGUGCUCAGUCGUAUUAUGAGUCAAAGACGGAGGAGUCAAACAGUUCACAGAUGUCCUGUCAGAUCACAGCCUCUGGUAACGAAGAGGUGAAUCUGAAGUCGGGGAUGAUGAAAGGCUUUGAGGACGUGUUUUCCUUGGACUUUGGCCUUCCUGUGAUGUAUUCGGGCAUGAAGGUCAACAUGCGGGCCGGGCAGAACUCCUCCGUGUCGAGCUGUGUCAGAGCAGGACACAAAAUCAACAUGACUUUCAGGAAAGGACGCUUUUCUUGGUGUGACAACAGCAAAUAAGGCUCUGUGAACAGCUGCAUCUGUUGGAUACUUAGAUCUAACUUAAAGCACAAUUUGUGCUAUAAAAGCAUACAUGUCUUACGUCCUUUAGCAUUUCAAUUAAAUUACUUUUACUUUAUCUCAGAAUAAUCACACAUUCAUGUAAUUUCCUCUGCUUUAUAGAACUUGUAUAAAGUAUGAAAUAGCUCUGUGUAGCAAAGAAACGUGUUAUGGAUUAUAUUUGUAACCCUCCACCUAUGGAGGACCUAUUAUGGAUGUCAUUUACUGUAUGCCUAAUGUACUGGAUGUAUAGUGGCAUGCUGUGAAGAAAGAGCCACGUGAGCUAGUUGCUUAGAGAAGGCCAGGCUUUUAUGAUGAAGUGACAUUUUGCUGACAUUAAGAUUGGCCAAUUUGUUCUGGAUGUGGUGGAGUGCAGUUGUUGAGACGCAGUCUCUUACCAGGACGAGAAAGUACACGUUUUUUUUUCCCACUGACUGACCCUGGUUCAAAACAGCAGGAGAGGGACUUUUCUGUGUGAUUGUCAGCUUUAGUCUCUUAUUUUACUUUUCAAACAGGCUUUUCUCCGAGGCCCAAGAUGAAAAUUCAAGACUGAGAAAAGAUUAAAAUUCAAGCUUUAUUCUGAAGGCAAAGUAUGGCCAUAGAAGAAUUAUUACAAAUUUUGGCUGUCAAGAUUAAUCGAGUUAAUCGUGAUUAAUUAAGGCCCACAAGUGAUCUGGCUGCAGACCUCCAUAUGGGGCGUUUUUGGCUCAUCUGUUGCAGACCACUACAAUGUGGCGACCUCGAUGGUGGGGUGGGGAGUGACGUACCAACCCUUGUUGGGUUUUUCCUUAGUUUUUGGAGUGUUUUUCUUAAUUUCAUCACCCUCCUCCUCCAAAAAAAAAAAAACAACUAAAAAUAUGUUCUAUUAACUAAGAAAAAUAAAGCUGAAAUAGCAGUUCUGCUCAGUCUUACCACUUCAUGGUCCCACAGACUCUAGCCUGCAGAUGUGCACUGUACAGCAGAGAAAUGGUAUUAGCAUUAAUGCUCAGUUCAAUGUUAUGCUUCAUCUGAGGGAAAGACAUGCUUCUGUGAGCACAGCCCAUUAAAUGUCCCUUCGCUUGUUAUCAUCAGUCAGUCUCAUGAGGAUAUAAUCCUCUGUAUUCCUCUGUUGUUGCUUGUUAGCUUCCUGCCGUGAGCUAAUAUUCCUAUUCAAACUCUGCUUGUACCUCUGUGCCAUCUAGCCUCUCCUCAUACUAGACUACACAUAACAAAGAAGCACAAUCAUAAAACCGGAAGCUUCCUUGUGUGGCUGAUUUACCUGCAUGAUUGUGUCAAUAAAGCAUUUUCUUUCUACUGAGUGCUUUUUUAUUUAAAAUGCAAAAAUAGUCAUUUAUAAUAGAAUUAUGUUCCAUUAAAGAACCUUUUUUAGAAAGAAAGAGACUGAUCAUAGCAUAGGCCAUAUUUGGUAACAUUUUAACCUCUUAUAUGAAGUUUUUUUCUCUUUUUAACUCCUUUUGUUCUUGUUCUGGUCACCCAUCAUCUCUGUAUUCCACAUGGGGGCAGAAUUGUGUGAAAAUCCCUCAACUCCAAAUCUUUUUCUUCGUCCUCAAAAACUAUGACCCCGUUUUGAGUUUGAGACAUCUUUGUCUACAGGAUCUUUGUAAAAGAAUCAUCAAGCACAUUUUGGAAAAACAAUAAACUGCUUGAAAAGUGCAGCUAAGUCACUUUAGUGAGACUUUGGCAGAGUGAGACUGUUUCUAAAUCUGUUUACUUCCGAGCGGCAGCGCUGGAGGAGGCGGAAAACGCUGCAGGGCUGAGUGUCUUUAUGAAGCACGCUGAAACAUACGGCAGCGACCGUCUAUUGAGAGCACAGUCACUUUAUAAUCUGAGCUGUUAUCAGACGUCGUGGGAAGAAUACACUGAAUGGGGAUUACUCAUUCAUUUAGUCAUCUUUCCUCCAAUUUUCCGUUGCAUUAUUUCUGUCAUUACACACCAGCCUCAUGAGCACAAUGAUGAAAUCUUUAUUUUGGCUGGCGAGUUUCUGCCUGAUUACAUUUAAUGAGCAAUAAAUGAUUUAUCAUUCAAAUAGAUCACGUUAGAUCAGUCGGAUGGACAUUUCGGUUUGAUAUAGACCAUUAGAGGCGAGUCGUCUCAAUCCUGCAGCACAAUAACCAGAAAAGUAAUGGCUUCCAAGAUAUGGGGAAAACAUGGCUAUUUUCCAUUUUAAUAACAUUUACUUGAGCCUUGUGAUUUUGACUUGAAGAUCUGUCUUUCAUAAACGUACACAUUAUUUUUACUGUCUGCAUCCACCCGGAUUCUACUGCUGGUAUUUG